UGUAUUUGUGCAGGGGUACAAUGAUUUUAAAAUCGAGAAAUUCUCAUAGAUAUAAAAGCCCCCUGGGCAUUUUGUUAACCGUUAAAAAUAUAACCGCUUUUCUGUUACUUAUUGUACACUCCGGUAUUUUGACCAAAGGACCUUGUUCGGAGGAUAGCUUCUACAAUGGUUGUUGCCCUGGCAAAUCUUGGAACUCCACACUUCAACAGUGUCUUGAUUGUUCCCCAGGAUUGUACGGAGAAAAUUGUAGUCAUUCUUGUCCGUAUCCACAAUUUGGUGAUAAAUGUACAAACACGUGCAACUGUAACAUAAGCUCGUGUGAUUUCGUUGCAGGAUGUGCAGUUUUAGAAAUCUCUGAGGAGGAGGAAAUCACUGAGGCCGAGGAGGAGGAGGAAGAGGAAGUGACGGUCUUAAGACUCAGCAACGGUUAUCUACGCAUGUCUGUAAUCGUAUCUUCUAUUCUGGUGGCAGUGUUGUUGAUUGUGUACUUGAUAAUCUUACUGCAUGAAAAAAGAAACAACAGACAGAAUGACAGUGAAGACACUGAAUAUGAAAAUUGCCGUUUUGAAAUUCAGAUACAAGAAAAUGCACCCUGAAAAGACAAGGAAACAUCGGACAUUUCGAUUCUGAUAAAACUUAAGUUUUUUUUUCGUUUCUAUUUUAGAACAACGUAGUUUAAUUUGACCUGAUUUAUUUGUGCUCCAAUAGAACAAAGAAUAUUUAGCAAUUAUUCAGUUCCUGUAAUUCAGGCGUAUUACUGUAUUUAAAAAUUUGUUUUAAAAAAUUCAUUGUACAUAUUCUAAGACAUUUCCGUUUUAUCCAUUUUUUCUGCUCAAAUAUUUCUAUGAAACUACAACUGUAAUAUAAUCCUUAAUUUCUUGAAUAUUUUUUUUUGACGAAUGGAAUGUGUAAAAAACAAGUCUGAUACAAAGUUGUUAUUUUUUUUAUAGACCAGGUCAUUAAGAACUGAUUUAUUGAUUGAUUGUAUAUUGUUUAACGUCCCUCUUGAGAAUUUUUCACUCAUAUGGAGACGUCACCGUAUGCCGGUGAAGGGCUUCAAAUUUAGACCUAUACUCGGCACUCAGGGCCAUUGAGCAGUGAGGGUUCUUUAUAGUGCCAGCGCCGACCGUGACACGGGACCUACGUUUUUAAGGUCAUAUCCGAAAGACCCGUGACUUUCACUUCUAGUGCCGAGCGCUUGGCGAAGGAACAGUUACUACCUAUGUUUACGUCUUAGGUAUGACGCAGCGCCGCGAACGAGAAUCGAACUCAGACCUCCCGGUCACGCAGAGAACGCUCUACCACUAGGCUACCGUGACCGGUCAUUAAGAACUGAUAAUAAUGUUAAAUUUACAAAAUCAUUGUGUAAAAUAGUUGUAACUAUGCAACGUAGCAUAUACUGUAGAUCACUAAAUUUUCGCGACACCUUGUUUUCGCGAGAGGGUCAUUGACUAUUGAUAAGUGAGACAAAAUUUUCGCGACUUGUAACCGGUUAUUACUCUAUAAAAUCUUAAAGAAAACUAUUAUACGCGUGAAUUAAAUUUUCGCCAGCGCACUGUUUCGCGUAAUUACGCGAAAAUAAAAUUCUCAGGAAAAAAAGUUAUUUACAGUACUCAUGUUAAAAUGAAAUA